GUGCACUGUGGGCCGGCGGCGGGAUGUCGGGCUGCGCGGCGCGGCGGUACGUGGCGGCGGCGCUGAGCCGGGCCCGAGCCCGCGGGGCUCCGCUCUGGGAACCGACCCCGGUCCCGACCCCGGUCCCUGCCCGCGGGCUGCGGGCCCUGAGCGCGGGCGGAGCCGCGGCCCUCCCGCUGCAGCUGCUGCCGCCGCGCAGGCACCUCUCGUCGCGGAACCGUGCAGAGGGCAAAGUGCUGGAGACCGUGGGGGUGUUCGAGGCCCCGAAGCAGCACGGCAAAUACGAGACCGGGCAGCUCUUCCUUCACAGCGUGUUUGGUUAUCGAGGAAUAGUCCUGUUCCCCUGGCAAGCCAGGCUCUACGACCGGGAUGUAGCUUCUCCUGUCACAGAAAAGAGCGAGAACGUGGCAGGCCAUGGUUCCAAAGAGGUCAAGGGCAAAACACAUACUUACUAUCAGGUGUUAAUAGAUGCCCGGGAUUGUCCACAUAUAUCCCAGAGGUCACAGACGGAGGCAGUGACGUUCCUGGCAAACCAUGAUGACAGCAGAGCCCUCUAUGCCAUCCCAGGUUUAGACUACGUAAGCCAUGAGGAUAUCCUCCCCUACAGCUCCACUGAUCAAGUGCCCAUCCAGCAUGAGCUCUUUGAGAGGUUUCUCAUGUACGACCAAACAAAAGUUCCACCUUUUGUAGCAAGGGAUACGCUGUGUGCAUGGCAGGAGAAGAACCACCCCUGGUUAGAGCUCUCCGAUGUGCACCGGGAAACCACAGAGAACAUCCGAGUCACAGUCAUCCCCUUCUAUAUGGGCAUGAGGGAAGCCCAGAAUUCCCAUGUCUAUUGGUGGCGCUACUGUAUCCGCUUGGAGAACCUGGACAGUGAAGUGGUGCAGCUGCGAGAGCGGCACUGGAGGAUAUUCAGCCUGUCGGGCACCUUGGAAACAGUGAGGGGCCGCGGCGUGGUGGGAAGGGAGCCAGUUCUAUCCAAGGAGCAGCCAGCAUUUCAGUACAGCAGCCACGUCUCCCUGCAGGCAUCCAGUGGUCACAUGUGGGGUACUUUCCGAUUUGAGAGGCCUGAUGGCUCCCACUUUGAUGUCCGAAUCCCACCUUUCUCUCUGGAAAGCAACAAAGACGAGAAGACGCCCCCCUCCGGCCUUCACUGGUAGAGCAGAGCGAGCGCCGAGCCCCACGGGCCUCUGUGUGAUGUAGACCUUGGCCUCCCCAUUCCGCUGCAGCCACCACCAGGGAGCUUUUAAACAUUUGAAACCCGUUUUUGUUUUAACCAAUGUCUAACGGGGAGGCUUUAUUUGAACUUUAACCCAGGCUGCUUGUAAACAUAAGCUGUGUUCCAGUUAACCCUUCCCUUUGGGGUGCCUGCUGGGGUUGGAGCUGGGGGACAUAGAUCUGAGCUGCUGAAGAGAGCCUGCCCCGGCAGGACUGGACCCUUUCCAAUGUGUUGUGAAUUCUCUGCAAUGUGAGGUUUCUCUAAUAAACUGGUCCUUCCAGUUGCAA